AUGAAAUUGGCGUCGCUCCGCCUCGACACGGCUUGCUGGUUGUCCAUCAUCCUCGAGACAUUCUUCUAUGGCGUAUACACCAUCAUAUUCGUCGCUGGAGCGUCCAUCUUCUUCAACCCGAGCACCCGCGGCCGAAUUCCGCUCUUGAUAGCGGUUCCUUCACUCCUCUUGUAUCUCAAUGCCUCGGCCCACGUCGUUACGACUGUCGUACACGGUGCCAAUGGGUUUAUCAGGAUAGCCAGUCAAGGACAAGUCGAUGGAGCUAUCAACUACUUUGCCACCACCGUCAACGGUGUCAACAUGUGCGUCUUACGCGUAGUGCUCCCAUACGCGUCGCUUACUGCCUGGCUCGCCAUUCUAGUGCAAACCACUGCCUCUACGUCUUAA